AUGGCCCCUGUGCCGUCUGGUCCCCAAGUGAGAUUCGCGCCAGUCGCGCUGGUUGGCGCGCACAUAUCGACUGUUCUCUACCUGUCCUUUGUAGUAGGAAGAGGACUCUACAGAUCGUACCAGGGCUUAGGUCCCGCGCAAGACAUCAGGUCUCGAGAGUCGCGCCGGAAGAAGCUCAUCCCUGUCUUCGCGUGUCUCGCAGCCUUGGCUCUUGGGCUUGCUGGAUACUCCUCGGCAAGAUAUGCGAUUUUGUCCUACCAAGUCUGGGCUGACCAGCAUGGCCUCGAUCUCCCAAAGAGGCUCUUUGGCACCGCUAUCCCGUUCAUUGAGCGGGAGAACACCACCAAGGUUCAUAUAGGCCGAUGGCUGUCGGAUACGUCGAUAUAUAUGGAUGCCCUCGAGAUUGUGGCCGAGAAAGCGCGUCGCUUCUGGUGGGGACAGCAGAUUGACCUCGCCACUAUUCCUUGGACUUUGCUCCUGACGAUCGAAGGACGCCGACGGCGCAUUCCAUACUUAUGGGCUUACCUGCUCUUGGCUCACCUCGUGAACCUCUCGUUUGCUCAAAACUUGUUCUAUGUCGCGCUACUGUUGACUCCUUUCCCCCUUGCGGGAGGCGCAACUACUCGGAUUGGCCGGGCGCUCGAGGCUGUCUUCCCUUUGAAGCCUGCUAACUGGCACCCAAGACCCUGGAUUCUCACUGGGUUGCUUGGUCUCUGCUACUCCGCCAUAUUCCUGCUGCCGUAUGCAGCAGAGACCACGAGUUUUGCCAGCACAGUCAUCUUUUCGAGGACCUUCGCAUUGGCUCUAUUGGCUGUGCCGAGCAUCAUGCCCACGUCUUGGGGUACUACUCACCCACACCCCCAUGAUGUCUACAAGGGCUACAAGACCUUGUUCCGAUUUUCUUCGCUCAUGAGUGUCCUGUUACACGCCAAAGCUACCCUCGUUGGCAUCAGCUCCAACUAUCCGGAACCGCACUACCAUCGACAUAGCAUCAGAACUUCUUUGGACAACGAAGUUGGGAUGGACUGGGAGCAGAGUGCCACUGCUUUUGGACGUAUUCUUGCGUCUACUUCAGAUCACCCAGUAGUCGCUGCCAUCGCUCGUGAUGUGGUUCUCUCGGCGAUCAGUCUAGGUAUCUGGGCAGCUGUGAGAGCUCUCGAUGCCAACGACAUUCUGGCCUCAGCUAUCCCGCUCUAUGGCGCUGGGCCCAACUCUCUCACGGACGACAUUGCAAGCAUAGCGAGUAGCGAGACCGCUGCGAUAAAGGAGGAGGACAUCAAGCUUGAAGAUCCCGAGCCUUCGAGGACGCCGGCGAAGCGAAAGAGUAGGAAAUCCAAGGCCGGCAACGACCAUGCCGAGGGAGCUGACGAUGAGACCACGACCCCUUCAGGCACUCGCCGGAGACGGGGAGCGCGGAAGUCUAAACCUGACCCCGAGGAGGUUCCCGGUGACAAGACUUACAAGCCUAGUCCCAGUGUCAGAGCGGGUGUUGCGGAGGGCGACACUAUCACCGAAGGUCUUGACUGGGAGGCCACGGCUCUUACAUGGGGACUCACGACACUAGGCGGGCUCGGAUGCGGAAGUGCUGGUGUUUACGGUGGCGAAUGCAUCUCGCGAUAA